AUGGUGCAAAUGCUGGUGAAAGCGGCGCAAGAAAAUCGGUACCAAAGCGAAGCCUCCUAUGAAGGGCUGACUGCCUCAAUGGAUAAAGAAUUUAAAGAAUCAUCAAAAAAUGAGGCUUUUGCAGAAAAGACUCCGGUCACAUCUCUGAGUGAGGUAGAAAUCACCGGCGCCGCCACCGGAAUUUUCCUCGCCGGUUUCGACACGCUGAGCGCCAUCACCAGCAGUGCUCUCCUCGAGCUGGCACUGCACCAGCCCAUUCAAGAGCGCCUGUUUGAGGAGUUGUCCGCCAACCUCGACUCACUAGACCCCAACUCAGAGGAGUACCUGGAGACGGCGAUGAGACUGCCCUACCUCGACUGCGUCCUCAAGGAGACGAUGCGAAAGUACCCCGUUCUGGCCAGACUGGAGCGACGUGUCAAUGUGGAGAAGUACAGCUUAGGCGAGCAGCAGCAGAUUCCCCUGGUCAAGGAUCAGCUAGUUGAGGUGCCCGUCGUGGCGGUUCACUACAACCCUGACCUCUUUCCGGAGCCGUUCACCUUCAACCCGGAUCGUUUUUCGGCGGAAAAUAAGCACCGAAUUGUGCCGUACAGUUUCAUCCCGUUCGGUGAUGGUCCACGAAAUU